UUCCGCUUCCGGCGGUGUGAGUGGGACGCGCGACGUGGUGUGGCGUUUCGUGGCUAUGGCGGCCGGAGGUAGCGAUCCGCGGGCCGGCGACGUAGAGGAGGAUGCCUCACAGCUUAUCUUUCCCAAAGAGUUUGAAACAGCGGAGACACUACUAAAUUCAGAAGUUCACAUGCUUCUGGAGCAUCGAAAGCAACAGAAUGAGAGUGCAGAGGAUGAACAGGAACUUUCUGAGGUCUUCAUGAAAACUUUAAAUUACACAGCCCGUUUCAGUCGUUUUAAAAACAGAGAGACUAUUGCCAGUGUCCGCAGCUUGUUGCUCCAGAAGAAGCUUCAUAAGUUUGAGUUGGCCUGUUUGGCCAACCUUUGCCCAGAGACUGCUGAGGAGUCGAAGGCUCUGAUCCCAAGCCUGGAGGGGCGGUUUGAAGAUGAGGAGCUGCAGCAGAUUCUUGAUGAUAUCCAGACCAAGCGCAGCUUUCAGUAUUAAUCUCCAGAUACCAUUCUGCUGCUGAGGGCACGACACCCCAGCCCAGCACCACUGUCCCAGUCUCUGGAGCUGACUUACACAGAAAUUGUAUGGCAGAAGACACUUGGUGUAGGUUGCUGUGUCGGACUUGACUAGUGGACCUUGAUAACCUGACCUUGCCUCUCAGAAGGGUGAGAUGGGGUGAUGUGCUCAUAUGCUACACUGUUGACUACCUCAUACCACGGUUUUGGUCCCGGUGGUAUUUCUAAAAAUUUUUUAAGUCAUCUCUACUCCCAGCAUGGGACUUUAACUCAUGACUCCAGGAUCAAUUGACGCAUGCUCUACCAACUGAUGCAGCCAGGUGCCCCCUUUUUAAGAUUUUAUCUUUUUAGCUCCUGUGUUAUUUUUGAUUCCUAAGAUUUCGUGUUUAAUAAUUUCAAUCUGUUUAUAGUUCUUAAAACUAAUAGAAUGUAUAAAACUGGUAUAGGAAGCAAUUGUCUUAUCUCAAUGUGAAAGGAAGAAUUAAGGGGGGCCCCUGGCUGGCUCGGUCAGUAUAGCAUACAAUUCUUGAUCCCAGGGCCAUGAGUUCAAGCCCCAUGUUGGGCAUGGAGCCCACUUAAAAAAAUAAAACAAACAAAAAAGCCCAAACAGGGGUCCCCAAAUAUAAAUGCAAAAGGAAGAAUUAAACCAGAUCUGUAUCGUCAUUUAAAAUUCUUAAAGAAAGGAGGAUAGUCAUGACUGUGAGACAGCAUUGGCAUCGUGCUUAACCUGGAAGUCCAGGAAGAAGCUUGCUGGAAAGCAGUUACACCUGAGGAUAACUGCCAAGCAUCAUGGAGCCCAUAGCCCUGAGGUAGAUGGGUACUUGGCCUUUUUUCUUGGACUGUUGCAGAAUGUAGGUUUGGAGGCAGUGGUCCUUAAGCGCUAUUUUCUCACUCCCAAAUUAAGAUUUUUUUCCUUCAUAGGCCAAACUUGAAGGUUUGAACACUUUGAAGAGUCUUUGAAUGGGACAUUCCAGUCCAAACCUCUGGCUUGCUACUCAGUAGGUGUUCUCUGAUGAGGGUGACUUGGAAGGAGGGAGCCUGCCUCUUCGGGAGCCACUACAGUGCAGUCACUUGAUGUGACGCUAGUUGGGGGAAUCUCUUUAAUAGCUAAACAUUCUACCUGGGUGUACUGCAGUAUCAUAGCCAAUGAGGUUUAGCCACGGCACAGAUACUGGUCACUGAAGAA